AUGGCAACCAAAGCAUGCCUAUUUUUCAUGCUUAGCUCCUUGUUUCUUCUUUGGAAGUUAAAAGUUAGCUCCUCGUUUCUUCUUCGGAAUUUAAGCAAUGCAGCAUCAUUGAAAGUUUGUAACUUGGAAGCCAUAUAUCAAUUUGGGGAUUCUUUCUCCGACACCGGAAAUGCGAUACGUGAAAACAAAGCUCUAGAGGCUACUAAGCUCCCUUAUGGCUUAAAUCUUCCCAGGGAACCAAACGGUCGAUUUUCCGACGGGAUGUUGGUUAUAGAUUUUGAAGCACAAGCAGCUGGGCUUCCAUUUCUUAAGCCAUAUUUGGAUCGGGAAGCGAAAGAUUACCACAACGGAAAGAACUUUGCUGUUAGUUCUGCUAGCGUUUUGCCAAAAGGUGUUCUUAAAGAGAAAUCAAUAUUCUUCCCAGAAACAAUGACAAACAUUACGCUACAUAAGCAAGUGGAUUGGAUGGCCACUUACUUCAAUGAAACCCCCUAUUUUAGUAAAGACCGCGCAGAGAAGCUUAAGAGGUCACUCUUUUUCAUCGGACCAAUGGCACAUGGUGAUUAUAUGUAUUCAAUGGACUUGAGUCGUAAAUCUUCAGAAUGGGUAAAGAGCAAUUUGGUUCCAGAUAUCGUCCAAACCAUCAAGGAAGCUGCCACAAGGGUCAUUGCUUUUGGUGCUGUGAAAGUGGUCAUCCCAGGAAUAUACGCAUUUGGUUGUUUUAAAGCUCCAGGUUAUAAUGUAUCGCUAUGCGACCAGGGCAAAAAUAGUGUUGCAACCACUCACAACGAUCUGCUUCGGAGAGCAAUUGAGGAGUUAAAGAAACAACACCCUAAUGUGACUAUUGUAUAUGCAGAUUAUUACAGUGCAUUCAUGUCCUUCUUCCCCAAGGCACUUAGUCUAGGGUUUGAACCUGCGAACAAGCCAUGCUGUUUCGGUACACACAAAAAUGGUCCAGGACAUGGUUUUAACCCGGAUAACAUGUGUGGAAAGCCUGGAGUACAAGCUUGUGCUACCCCUGCGAAACGAAUCAACUGGGAUGGUAGUCAUAUGACGCAACAUGCAUACAAGUUAAUAGCAGAUUUGAUAAUUCCUGACAUCGCAGCCAAGCUUAAAUGCAGUGCAUAA